AUGGGUUCUUGUUCUUUGUUAUCUCUUACUCUUUGCUUUCUUGUUCUCUUCAACUGUUGCUUUGCACAAAUAGAGCAAGUACCCUCACGACAUGGCCGGCAACAGCAGGGGCAACGACGCUCUCAACGUAGCGAAUGUCAAAUUGAUAGGAUCAAUGCCCUCGAGCCUGCUCGGAAGAUCAGAUCAGAGGCUGGUGUCACUGAGAUUUGGGACGAGAAUGAUGAGCAGUUUCAGUGCGCUGGAGUUGUAGUUAUCCGUCAUACCAUUAACAACCGAGGCCUCUUGUUGCCUGCAUACUCCAAUACACCUAAGCUCAUCUAUGUAGAACAAGGUAGGGGCAUUCAGGGAGCUGUGUUUCCUGGCUGUCCAGAGACGUUCCAAUCAUCAGGAAAUUAUUCUCAAGAUCGAAGAGAAAGUUCCGAAGACCAGCACCAGAAGAUUCGACAAGUAAGAGAGGGUGAUGUAGUUGCCUUGCCUUCGGGAGUUGCUGAUUGGUUUUAUAACAAUGGUGAUUCACCUCUCGUUCUUGUUCAGCUUCUCGACACAAGCAAUCCAGCCAACCAGCUUGAUCAGGAUUUCAGGGAAUUUUUCCUGGCUGGAAACCCACGACAAGAAUCACAAAGCCAAAGAAGCUCAUACCAAAGAGGCCAAUAUGAAGGUCAACAUGGACGCCAAUAUGAAGACGAAAGUCAGAGAGAACAGCAUGAAAGAUCUCGCAAUAUCUUGAGCGGUUUCAACGAGCGAAUCCUUGCAGAAGCUUUCAACAUUGACACCAAACUAGUAAGAAGGAUGCAGAACGAAAAUGAUAAUAGAGGAAUCAUUGUCCGAGCUCAGCAUGAACUUCAGGUGAUCAGUCCACGACAGAGUCAAGAGGAGGAAGAAAGACAACAAGAAUCCCGAAGGAGCCCACGUCGUCGUCAUGAGGACAAUGGUGUAGAGGAAACUUUCUGCACAGCCAGGUUGAAGCUCAACAUCAAUGAUAUAGAAGAUGCUGAUGUCUUUAAUCCACGUGCCGGAAGCCUCACUAAUGUCAACAGCCUCAAUCUCCCCAUCCUUCGAUAUGUCCAGCUUAGCGCUGAGAGAGGUGUCCUUUACCCUAAUGCUUUGAUGUCACCACAUUGGAACAUCAAUGCCCACAGCAUAAUGUACAUCACAAGAGGAAAUGGAAGGAUUCAGAUUGUUGGAGACAAUGGACAGGCAGUAUUUGAUGGACAAGUUCGUAAGGGUCAAGUAGUAACAGCACCACAAAACUUUGCAGUGGUGAUGAAGGCUGGAAGCCAAGGGCUCGAGUGGGUAUCAUUCAAGACUAAUGACAAUGCACAAAUCAGUCAAUUGGCAGGACGAGUCUCUACCAUCCGGGGCUUGCCUGACGAAGUGGUAGCAAACUCAUUCCAGAUCUCAAGGGAAGAUGCCAGGAGGCUUAAGAACAACAGGGAAGAAGUUAGUGUUCUUAGUGCGUCCCAUCAAUCACAAUAUGAAAGGGAUUAA